AUGAACGCUACUGCAAAAAACACCCAAAAUCCUGGCGCUAACAAUGAAAGCGUGAUUACCGACAUCAAGCUAGCCGACUGGGGACGCAAAGAAAUCGCUAUUGCCGAACACGAAAUGCCCGCGCUCAUGGGCAUACGCGCAGCCUACCAAAGCAGCCAGCCGCUCAAAGGCGCGCGCAUCGCUGGCAGCUUGCACAUGACCAUACAAACAGCGGUGCUCAUAGAGACGCUCAAAGAUUUGGGCGCUGAUGUGCGCUGGGCUUCUUGCAACAUCUACUCUACCCAAGACCACGCCGCCGCCGCCAUCGCCGCUACUGGCACCCCCGUAUUUGCCGUUAAAGGCGAAACGCUAGACGAAUACUGGGACUACACCCACCGCAUUUUUGACUUUGGCCCCGCUGGCAGCGAAAACGAAGGUCCCAACAUGAUAUUGGACGAUGGCGGCGAUGCCACCUUGCUCAUGCACCUGGGGCAAAAAGCCGCCAAAGACCCCAGCAUCUUGGACAACCCCAAAAGCGAAGAAGAAACCGCAUUGUACAAAUCCAUCAAAGUCAAGCUUGCCACCGACCCGCAGUGGUACCAGCGCAAAGCCAGCAAAAUACUGGGCGUGACCGAAGAAACCACCACCGGCGUGCACCGCUUAAAAGAAAUGUCGGCCAAGGGCACACUAGCGUUUCGCGCUAUCAAUGUGAACGACAGCGUUACCAAAAGCAAAUUUGACAACCUCUACGGCUGCCGCGAAAGCCUAGUCGAUGGUAUCAAACGCGCUACUGAUGUCAUGAUUGCAGGCAAAAUUGCCGUAGUUUGCGGCUAUGGCGACGUGGGCAAAGGCAGCGCCCAGGCGCUGCGCGCGCUCUCAGCGCAAGUGUGGGUCACAGAAAUUGACCCCAUCUGCGCCCUGCAAGCCGCAAUGGAAGGCUACCGCGUAGUCACCAUGGACUACGCCGCCGAUAAAGCCGACAUCUUUGUCACCACCACAGGUAACAAAAACGUCAUCACCCACGACCACAUGGCCGCUAUGAAAAACGAAGCCAUCGUCUGCAACAUCGGCCACUUUGACAACGAAAUCGACGUAGCCUCGCUGGAAAAAUACCAGUGGGAAGAGAUUAAACCCCAAGUGGACCACGUCAUAUUCCCUGAUGGCAAACGCAUCAUCCUCCUGGCCAAAGGGCGCUUGGUAAACCUGGGCUGCGGCACAGGCCACCCCAGCUACGUCAUGAGCAGCUCCUUUGCCAACCAAACCCUGGCGCAAAUUGAGCUCUACAGCAACCCAGAUGCCUACGACGUAGGCCAAGUCUAUGUACUACCUAAACAUUUGGACGAAAAAGUCGCUCGCUUGCAGCUCAAAAACCUCAAUUCCCAGCUCACCCAGCUCACUCCAGAGCAAGCGGCCUACAUAGGCGUACCCGUAGAAGGCCCCUACAAACCCGACAGCUACCGCUACUAA